AUGAACACUUUCCUUACUUUAAUCACUCUCGUUUCUGGUCUCGCCUCUGCUCAGAAUGUUACCUCUUCAAGUGACCCGGCCAAUACUUCCUCCUCGAAGGUUACAACAACUGCAGCUGUGAAUACUUCCUCCGCUGAGGUUACAACAACUGCAACUGUGAAUACUACUAUCUGCACUGACACUGCUGUCUGCUCCACAAGUGAGCCCGUUUGCACUGCAAGCCCUUGCGUACCUCUCUGUGAGUCGUGCGAGGUGAGCACCGUGGUAGUAACCGCUCUCACCACUUACUGCCCUGAGCCCACUGUGCUCUGCACUAACGAUGUCUGCCACACUCUCACGGCUCCUGGCACUUUGACCAUCACUGACUGCCCUUGCACUAUCGCUACUGUGGUUACACGCACUGGUGGUGCUGCGCCUCCUCGUGCUACUCAUACCGUUGCUGCGCCUAACGGAGCAGUCACUGUUGCUACUGUUUCAAACCCUGCCAACACUGUCGCCGUUGCACCCUCUAACGGAGCUGCUACUUCUGUUGGUAGUCUUAUGGCCAUCAUCGCUGCCUUCGCCGCUUCCCUCCUUUAA